UUCAUCACAGCCCUGGUCAGGGCUAGAAGGGAUACAGCUUUUGUCAAAUUAACGUUAAAAAUAUAAAUUUAGUUAAUUUUCGCUAACCUUUACUCUUUUCCAAAACUAAACCUAAUUCUCCUAACCUGCUACGAAAAGUCGUUAUCCGACAAAAGCUGUUUCCAUCUAGUCAGAAACCCUCCGCUUCCCUCCGACUUGUGUUGGUCCGUGAGGAAGUCGCAAGAUGGCUGACAGCGCUCGGAAGUAUGCUCCCUUCCUCUACAUGAAGUCGUGAGUUUGGAAGUAUGCUCCCUUCCUCUACAUGAAGUCGUGAGUUUGGAAGUAUGCUCCCUUCCUCUACAUGAAGUCGUGAGUUUGGAAGUAUGCUCCCUUCCUCUACAUGAAGUCGUGAGUUUGGAAGUAUGCUCCCUUCCUCUACAUGAAGUCGUGAGUUUGGAAGUAAUCGAGGGAGGAACUAUCAGGCGUUUGUUUUUAUUGAAGUUAUUGUAUUUCUCCAAACAGACCAUUUAAUUCCUGGGGACCCAGUUAGCUGAAAGCUCCUGUAGAUGGCUAACGGUAUCAACAUAUACAUUACCUAGUACAUUACAUUAGCACUUGCAAUUUGAACUAACAUAAAUAUUUGCACCGUCAGGUUAAGUAUCGUCCAAAUCAUAACUACGGACGGCCAGUCACAUUUUCAGAUGUUAACUAGAUAAAGGAAUAUUUAACGAGAAACUUCAGUUGUUUUGCUGGCAGUUUACCACAAUACUACCAGGGAUGGACACACGACCAAAUGUAGCAACGUUAGCCAGGUUGCUAACCAGCUAGGCGGGGUUGGGGGGGGGCUACCGGCUACCGGCUACCGGCGACAACAGCCGUGUAGUCAAUCAGUUACUGUCAGAGAGACGAGGUAGUCAGCCGCCCGUUUCCAGCUGCUACCGGAUCGACACCACCCGAGCCUUCCCCCGAACAGACCCACCGGUUCAACAACACCGGGAUGGGCGUGCAGGGCUUCCAGGAGUAUCUGGAGAAACGUUGUCCCGGGGCUGCCAUCCCCGUGGACCUCCUCAAACUAGGCCGUACUGCGGGACGCCAGCACCACCACCCCGGCCCUCUGCCUCUUCCGGCCCGGAUACUCAUCGAUGCUGACUCCGGUCUGCAGCGGCUGUACGGCGGCUACCAGACGGACUGGGUGUGCGGCGGGGAGUGGAACGCCAUGCUGGGAUACCUGUCCGCUCUGUCCCAGGCCUGUCUGUACCAGGGCGGGCUGGAGCUGGUCGUGGUGUUCAACGGGACCCUGGGGAAGGAGCGGUGGCCGGAGUGGGCACGCCGGGCCCAGGGACAACGCCAGACAGCCCAGCUCAUCGUUAACCACGUCGGCAGUAAGGCCACUCCGCCUCCCCGCGCCUGGUUCCUGCCCCCCGCCUGCCUCAGUCACUGUGUCCGCCUCGCCAUGUUCCGCUUCAGAGUGCGGGUUGUCCAGACGUUGGAGGACCACCACCAGGAGGUGCUGUCCCUCUACAGGGACUUUGGUUUCUGCGGCCUGAUCGCCCAGGACUCAGAGUUUGCCCUCUGCAACGUGCCCACCUACUUCUCCUCGCAUGCCCUCAAACUGUCCUGGAACGGCAAGAACCUGACCACCCACCAGUACCUGCUCUCUGAAGCAGCCAGACAGCUGGGUCUGAAGACACAACACCUGCCCUGCUUCGCUGCUCUGCUGGGGAACCAUAUUCUCCCUGAUGAGGACCUGGCUGCCUUCCACUGGAGCCUUUUAGGACCAGAACACCCCCUGGCCUCACUCAAGGUGCGAGCCCACCAGUUGGUGCUGCCUCCCUGUGAGGUGGUUAUCAAGGCGGUGUCUGAGUACGUCUCCUCCAUUAAAGACCUGGGGAACCUCGACGCUGUUGCCAGGGAUGUCUUCAACCAAUCCCAGUCUCGUAUGGAGGAUAAGGUGGAGCGUUUUAAGAAGGCUGUGGAGUAUUUCUCAUCUGCCUCUAAACCACGCCCACUCUCCAUGGGACCCUCCCCCUGCCUUUGGUUUGGUCCGGCUCCUUUUGGCAGUCCUCCUGGCCACAUGGGGGCAAUGCAGCCUGGAAAGCACCAGGGGGUAAAACGGAAUGCUCCGUGUGGACCAGGCCACGCCUCUCUGUUCCAGAACCUGCCGGACUGCAACGAUUCGCUGUCUGGGACAAUGGGCUACAUGGAUUGGUCGGCUCCAUAUGACCAGGGAGGAAGUAGAUUAACGAAUCACCACACGUCCGCUCCCUCUGGCCCCUCCCACUCUCCAUCAUCUUCCUCAGAUGGAGACGAACCAAACGACAGCAGCCACCAUCUGACAGACAAGUCCUCCGGGUGGGACGAUCCGGCCGGUCGGGGGAGUGGAGGGGAUGGUUCCCACGGUAUCGGGAGCGGAUCCAACAUUCCAUCGCUGUUGUCAAUGGCGACGCCGAGUCAUAUGGACAUAACCACGCCCCCUCUGCCUCAAAUCAGCGCUGAGGUGUUGAGAGUAGCAGAACACAGACAUCGCAGAGGACUAAUGUAUCCAGAGAUAUACCACAUACUGACCAAGGGAGAGAUGAAGAUGGCGGUGUGUAUAGAAGAUGAUUGUAACAGUGAACUGCCUCCAGCCUCUCUGCUGUUCAGAGCAGCCAGACAGUACAGCUAUGGGGUCCUCUUCAGCCUAGCCGAAACACACCGACACCUCGAGAGACUCGCCAUGCGCAACAGAGGACCCCUCGAAGUUCCUCCAGUGAUAGUGAAGGAGUGGUUCAGUGGGAAGUCGAAGUCGGCCCUGACCCCGGAGCUGGUUCCAGCGCUGUGCUUCAGAGAGUGGACCUGUCCUAACCUGCGGAGGCUGUGGCUUGGUAGAGCCAGUGAAGAUCGCUCCCGGAGGACCAGAGCUUUCCUAGCUUGUCUGCGCUCUGACUGUCCUGCCUUACUCAAUGCUGCUCAGGUCCCACAACACCUUCUGCUCAUGUGCUGCGUGCUCAGGUAUAUGAUGCAGUGGCCAGGUGGUGGUAUUCUACAGAGACAUGAGUUAGAUGCCUUCCUGGCCCAGGCAGUCUCUAACCAGCUCUACGAACCAGACCAGCUACAGGAACUGAAGGUAGAGAAGGUAGACAGUCGGGGGGUCCAGCUGGCGUCUCUCUUCAUGGCGGGCGUGGACACUGCUCUGUUGGUCAAUGACGUGUGUGGUCAGCCGUUACCAUGGGAACACUGCUGCCCCUGGGGUUUCUUCGACGGGAAACUCUUCCAGACCAAACUGGCCCGCGCCGGCCGAGACCGACUGGCCCUGUUCGACAUGUGUGAAGGACAGGAGGAGCUGGUGUCUCGUGUGGAGAAGAUGCGUCAGGCCAUUCUAGAUGGCAUCAACUUUACUCGUCCUCCUCCCCCUCUCCCCCCUCUUUCCUUCCUCCGCCCUCCCCCUUCUACUCCCUACCCCCUCUACCCCCCCGGCCCAUGGGUAACAUGCCCCCCCACUACCACCCUCAUCAUCCUCACCACCACCCAAAUGAUCCUCACCACCACCCUCAUCAUCCUCACCACCACCCAGCCCAGCAUCGACCCAGAGGCUUCCCAGGUCUGCAGUCGAUCCCCCCUCAGGGAGGGAAGUUGGAGAUAGCCGGCAUGGUGGUGGGCCAGUGGGCCGGGAACAAACCACUGCGUGGCAGAGGGGGGCUCAACAUGCAGGUGGUGUCGGUCGGAGCAGGGAGAGGAAGGGGUAAGGACAUCCCAGCGAAAGCAGGACGAGGAGUUAAAAAG